AUGAUUGUAUUAAUGUAUGUAUCUGUUUUAAUAUUAAUGACAAGAGCUGAACAAAAUUUCUCAUUAAAAUUAUUAAAUUCUUGUUCAUCAAAUUUAUCUUGUAUUCAUGGAAUAUGUUAUACAGAUCAAAAUAUAUCAUCAUGUUUAUGUGAACGUGGUUGGACAUUAUCUCAAUCUCAACCUCAAAUUUGUAUUUAUCAACAAAAAUCAAAAUUAGCUGCAUUUCUUCUAUCAUUUUUUGUUGGUGGAUUUGGUGCUGAUUGGUUUUAUUUAAGUGUUGGAAAUGGUGGUUAUAUUGCAGCUGGAGUUUUUAAAAUGUUAACUUUAGGUGGAAUUGGAAUUUGGUGGCUUGUUGAUUGGAUGAGAAUAUUAACAAAUUCAUUUCUUGAUGGACAAGCUCAAUAUAUCGAUGAUCAAUUGAAUAAUGAUAUAACAUCAACAAUGAAUUCUUUUAUUUUAACAAAACAAACAGAAAAUGCAUCAGUUAAAGAUGAAGAUAAAACUAUAUUAAUAGAGUCAUCGACUGAAUACAUAUUUGAUAAAUUAAAUCAAAAUGAAACCAGUUCAUCAAUGAGUUUAAAUCAUUUAACCGAUAUUAUAACAUCAACAAUCAAUAGUGAUACAUCAUUAUCAACAUAUAUUCUAUCAUCUAUCAAUGAUUUUCAAUAUACAACACAUAGAAAUGAUAUUUUAUAUAGAAAAGAACAAUGGUUUAAUUAUAAUCAAACAAAUCAAAAAGAUUCUUAUGAUUAUUCGAUAUUUUGGAGAAAAAUACAUGAUGAAUCAUUGGAUAGUUCAACUUAUAUACUAAAAUCUGAAGGUGAAUGUGUUGAUCGUAUGUGUUAUGUUAAAUUGAAAUAUAAUGGUUCAUUAUCAAAUAAUAAUGAUGGUUGUUUAUCAUUUAUUCUUUGGACACGAGGUCAACCAGUUGGACAAUUAUGGAUUGAAGAAGAUGAAGAACAAGAAAAUAUUUCACAAAAAAUUCAAUUAACGAAUUCAAGUUUACGUAUUGAACAUUCAUUAAAACCAAAAACAAAAAAUUUAUCAAUUGAUGCUCGAAUAUUAUUUCGAAAUUCGAAUACUGAUUCAAUAACUUUAUCUAAUUUAAAUGUUAAUUGGAAAGGAUCUUGUCCAAAGCAUAAUUCAAUGACAGCAUAUCCUUAUAUAAAUAUCGAUACAUCGACAUUAGAAUAUGAAUUAACAACAUUGACCAAUUAUGAUCUAUCUGAAACAAGUUUUUUACCAACAACUGAUAGAUUUGAAAUAAGUGAAGAUUAUUUAUUCAUUGAAUCAUCAACAAUUAUAUUUAAUGAGAAAUUAAAAAAUCAACGUUCAUAUUCAUUAGUUAAUCAAUCGAAUAUUCGAUGGAUUUUAACAUUAAUUAUAUUAUUUUGUUUAUUUAUUAUUCUACUUUCAUUUCUAUAUGGUUUAUGGUCAAUACAAGAAUAUUAUCGUUUUACUUGGUAUGUUCAUUUUAAUUAUCCAAUUCAAUUAAUUAGUCGACGAUCAAUUCAUUCAUCAACAAGAUCAGAAUGUGAAAUUGAAAGAUUUUCCUCAAUAUCCAAUGAUAUUUUUCAUAUAGAUUAUCAACAAGAGGAUUUUGAUAGUUUGACAAUGAAUAGUAGUCAAUCAAUACCAUCACCAACUCAUGCUUAUUUUUAA